GGGGCCACACGUGUCGCUCCCCGCUCCUCGCGUCCACUUAUGUAACCAUCCGCACGGUGAGUCGCAGCCUCCAGCCCCUUCCUCGCCCCACUAUACAUCGACCCAGCGCCACAUCUCCGUUAUCAUUUAUCGCCCACGCAAUUUUCAAAUACGCGACCGUGCCAGCUAGUGUUGUGCUGUGAUCUGUCGAUCGGUAUCGACUCGAGAGGUCUGUGGCCCGGCUAGUGCUACAGAGUAUCAGCUGCAAAGUGACAAUCGAUUGCUGAAUGUGCAAUCCAGCGAGCAGAGGCGUGAAGAUAACAACAAUAAAUUAAAUUUAAACUAGUAGUAUAUUUAAAAGUAAUAGCAACAAAAAUAGUCCAGUAGAGCUAAUCUUAAUCUAAGUAACCGUAACAAGAAGCGCCUUGAUAAUCAAUUAAAGUGUAGGCUAGUGCAACCGAAGUGCUUUACGUGGUGACUGAGUGCGGGUCUAGCAUGGGUGGCGCGCGUGCGUGAGCGCGUCCACACGCGCGGUUUGUCGGCCGGCAAGAUUGAGGGCGUGGGGGGGUGCGGGUGGGGCAGGCGCGCGCGCGUGCGUCCGCUGCAGGCGCUGUCCCGCGCGGCGGCCAUGUUGUCGUCGCAGCGGUCGCAGUCGUGCAACGAGGAGGGCGCGUUCUUCGGCGCGCGCGCGCUGCGCCGGCCGCGCGGGAAGGGCAGCGGCGAGCCCCCGUGCUAGGGGUACGCCAUGUCGCUGCGCAGCCUCCACCGCCGGAUGUCUUCCGCCAACAACACAUGCGAAGACGGUGGAGGCGGCGCGGCGACGGGCGCCGGGCGCGCCGCGUCGCUCCGGCUGGCCAACGGGCGCGCGGCGGCGCAGUCGGCCGAGCAGCUGCCCCACUCCCCCGCAGACUGCGCCAGCGUGCGCAUAUCCAUCGACAACACCAACACGUGCUGCACCGACUCCCUCGUCACCGCCCUUGAUGAUGAGACGCUGCUGCUUGGCGACUGUCAUGGCGACGCCGACAUGGCUCUGAAGCAGGGCAGCGGCACCGGCAAAGUGCACUUCGGGGGCCUCGACGAUGUCUCCCUCUAUGGCACGCCGGUGGAGCCCGCGCCGCCCGCGUCCGACGCCAAGCAGGGCUUCCUGCGCAACCAGCUGCAGGCGCUGUUCCAGCCCACCGACAACAAGCUGGCCAUGAAGCUGUUCGGCUCCAAGAAGGCGCUCAUGAAGGAGAGGAUCCGGCAGAAGGCGGCCGGCCACUGGGUCAUACAUCCGUGCAGUAGUUUCAGGUUCUACUGGGACCUGUGCAUGCUCCUGCUCCUGGUGGCCAACCUGAUCAUCCUGCCCGUGGCCAUCUCCUUCUUCAACGACGACCUGAGCACGCGCUGGAUCGCCUUCAACUGUCUCUCCGACACCAUAUUCCUUAUAGAUAUCGUUGUUAAUUUUAGAACAGGAAUUAUGCAGCAAGAUAAUGCAGAACAAGUGAUAUUAGAUCCCAAGUUAAUAGCGAAGCACUAUUUGAGGACCUGGUUCUUCCUAGACCUCAUCUCUAGUAUACCACUAGAUUAUAUUUUCUUGAUCUUCAAUCAGGUAAACGACUUUAGUGAAAGCUUUCAAAUUCUGCACGCGGGGCGAGCGCUGCGCAUCCUCCGGUUGGCCAAGCUGCUGUCUCUGGUGCGGCUGCUGCGGCUGUCCCGGCUCGUGCGAUACGUCUCGCAAUGGGAGGAAGUAUAUAUCUUGCAGAAUCUUCAAAAAAAGCGCACGGAACGGCGAGGACGCCUCAGCUCCGAACCUACCAAAAAGAAGGGUGGCACCAAAAGCAAUCUGAUCUUCAAGUUCCUCAACAUGGCAUCAGUGUUCAUGCGAAUAUUCAACUUGAUUUGCAUGAUGUUACUGAUUGGCCACUGGUCCGGCUGUCUACAAUUUCUGGUUCCUAUGCUGCAAGGCUUCCCGGCGAACUCGUGGGUAGCAAUAAACGAACUCCAGGAAGCGUUCUGGCUGGAGCAGUACUCGUGGGCUCUGUUCAAGGCGAUGUCUCACAUGUUGUGCAUCGGGUACGGGCGCUUCCCCCCGCAGUCGCUCACCGACAUGUGGCUGACCAUGCUGUCCAUGAUCUCAGGAGCCACGUGCUACGCUCUCUUCCUCGGACACGCCACCAACCUCAUCCAGAGCUUGGACUCCUCCAGGAGACAGUAUCGGGAAAAGAGACUAGACGUGAAGCAAGUGGAGGAGUACAUGGCGUAUCGCAAGCUGCCUCGGGAGAUGCGUCAGCGCAUCACAGAGUACUUCGAGCACCGCUACCAGGGCAAGUUCUUCGACGAGGAGCUGAUCCUCGGGGAGCUCAGCGAGAAGCUUCGGGAAGACGUCAUCAACUACAACUGCCGCUCGCUCGUCGCCUCCGUGCCGUUCUUCGCUAAUGCCGACUCCAACUUCGUGUCCGAUGUCGUCACCAAGCUGCGAUAUGAAGUCUUCCAGCCAGGGGAUAUAAUCAUCAAAGAGGGGACCAUAGGGAACAAGAUGUACUUCAUCCAGGAGGGCAUCGUGGACAUCGUGAUGGCGAACGGCGAGGUGGCCACCAGCCUGUCGGACGGCUCGUACUUCGGCGAGAUCUGCCUGCUGACCAACGCGCGGCGCGUGGCGUCCGUGCGCGCCGAGACCUACUGCAACCUGUUCUCUCUCUCCGUGGACCACUUCAACGCCGUCCUGGACCAGUACCCGCUCAUGCGCCGCACCAUGGAGAGCGUCGCCGCCGAGCGCCUCAACAAGAUCGGCAAGAACCCCAACCUGGUGGCGCACCGCGAGGACGACACCACGUCCGAGGGCAACACCAUCAACGCCGUGGUGAACGCGCUGGCGGCCGAGGCGGAGCACGUGAGCCUGUCGGACGACAGCGUGGCGCGCCUGUCCGAGCGCUCGCUGGGGCUGGCGCUGCAGCCGCUGCAGGCCGCGUCGUGCCGCAUGGCCGGCGUGGCGCUGCCCGGGCUGGGCGUGGCCGCCGCGCUGCCCCGGCCCAAGUCCGAGCACGACUUCAGCUCCGCGUCGCCGCAGCCGCCGCCGCUCGCCGCCGCCGCCGCCUUCCACAAGUCGGACGCGGGCAUCGCGCCCGGCUCGGCGCCCUGACGCCGCACGCUGUGCUAGCGGCCCCGACCGACCGACGAUAGCAAUACUAGGCUUAGUGCGGGCCCGGGCCCGGCCGGCCGCGCCCCCCCCGCGCCGCCGCCCGCCGCCCGCGCCGCCCGCUGAAUCUCAUUUUGUGAUCUUAUACUUAAUUCUCCUGUGUUAUACUUUAGGUUAAAUUUUAUAUCAUUGACGCUGUGAAGAAUCGACGGGUACGCGACGUAUUCGGAUGUAGAUAUACCUGUUAUAUAUUGAGAAAUGAAACUAUUGAAUCUUUAUAGAGGUACCUUGCCAUUAAAAAGAAAUAAUUAUAUAGUCUAGACUGAAAAUGUAAAGAUAUCAUAAAUCUAUUUUAUGCUCUGUUGAAGUAAGAAACAAGACCUAAGUAUAUUGUUGUGGAUGUCGAGUAUUCGAUGACUCUGGGCGAUCGUUGCGAGUGAUAGACGUUCCUGUUAUUCACGAACUGGAAAUGUUAUCUUUAUUCUAAUAGUUUUAUUUAUAAAGGAGUGAUUGGUUGAGUGGUGAGUGGAGCUGGAGCGGCGUAGAGGACAGGCCGCCUGCAGUCGGCUGCAGGGCGCCGCUAGCCCGCCUGGUGGGCGCCGGCAGGGCGCCUGCAGCCGUCUGAUGGGCGCCGAUAGGCCGCGGGCCGCAGUAGAGUAGAGCACCUAGAGCUGGUCACGUGACGCACAACUGAACGAGUCGAGCGCCAUUCCCUAGCACACACUUUUGCUUUCUUAAUUUUAAUUAUAAGUAGUUAUAUCUACCAAUAAUCGAAAUAAUUAGCGCAAACGAUUUUCUCGGUUUCCUAAGUAGAGGUGAAUCAGUAGAGCUUUCGAAUCUUUUGAAAACUAAUAAUUUCUUUAUGUAAAUAAUGUAACGAGGAUUUGCCUUUAGCGCGGUUCGGGUGACGGAGCGGUAGCGCGUUCGUUCGAGCGUCCAGUCAAUUAUUUCUAGCGCUCGCUGCGGACGGACGGCUGGCUCUUGCAGGCCUUCGCUACAGUUCACUCUUGUUUUAAUGUAGGGAAACAUAAUUUAUUAUCGAUAGCGAUCAUUUCGUAGGAAUAAGUAGGCCGGAGCGAUAACAAAUUCGGACGAAGUACGUCUUGUGAUAGAGAAGCGCAGGGGCGCUGAGGGCGCGCCCGCGUCGGCUCCCCGCGCCCCGCUACGCCCACGCAUCUUCACCUUUAUUUCAACUAUAAUUAGGCUCAUCUUUCAACUACACAAUUUUCUAGCUUUUUCCACUGUUCUUUGCUCUAACUAAAAAGGUGACCACUGAACCGGAUAUUUAUUUCUUAGACGUCGUAGCGUAGCAUUAACAAUGGUAACAAAGAGUAACAUAUCUUAGGGCGUGGGAAGCCGCCGGCCGCGUCGCUCUUCGGAACGAAUCAUCGUUAACUAAUUCUUAUAGUGUCAUGACAAUUUGUAAAGAUGGUUUUGCAAAUGUUGACUUUUUAGCCAAAAUAUAUUUAAUGAAUGACGAACCAAUAUGCAGUAGCUUACUCGUAGAUCGCAGCCUAGUUCUCAGUUUUGGCGACUAACACCAAUAGAUUAUUUGUACUCUAAGAUAUUUAUACAAAACUCUUAGCAGAGUGACUAUCUAUCAAUUUACAAAGAGAUAAAUAUUGCGUUUAUUCCCGAAAAGCAUUUAUUUAUUGUUACUUUUAUCUAACGUUACUGCUUUUGUAAAUUAUAUAAAUUUUAUAGAAGAGAUCUAUUUUUAAUGUGAAGUUGAGCUACUGAGUAAGAUCUUAAAAGAAACAAAGUUUGUGUUUUAAAUCUGGAUUGUUAAGUAUAUACCUACCUAUUAAUUAACUUGAUUACACUUAUUUCUGGUAAUAUCUAUUUUCACCAAAAGUGCUCAUCGCUGUCAAGAAAAUUAGUGAAAAUGCAUUAAAGAAUGAGAAAACUGA